AUGCCAGCAGAGAACACUACAGAAGUAACAGCAUUCAUCUUAUCUGGACUCACCGCCAACCAUAACACCGAACUGGUGCUUUUCGUCCUUUUCAUUGCCAUUUACACUUUGAUCCUGGUUGGCAAUAUUCUCAUCGUCAUCACCAUCAUCUUUGACAACCAGCUGCACAGCCCCAUGUACUUCUUCCUCAGCAAUCUCUCCUUCAUCGAUGUCUGCCACUCCUCGGUGGUCAUGCCCAAAAUGCUAGCGGACUUCCUGACCGAGUCCAAAACCAUCUCCUUCGGAGAAUGCAUCGCGCAGAUGUUCUUCCUCCACCUCUUUGCCUGCACGGAGAUCUUCCUUCUCACCAUCAUGGCCUACGAUCGCUACGCCGCCAUAUGUCAUCCUCUGCACUACACAAGCAUCAUGAGCCGCCGGGUCUGCCUCAGCUUGGCGGUGGCCAUGUGGCUAGGAGGCCUCGUCCAUUCCAUUGCUUUGACGGCCUUGACCCUCAGCGUGCCCUACUGUGGCCCCAACUCUAUCGACAACUUCUUUUGCGAUGUCCCCCUGGUCAUCAAACUCGCGUGCGCCGACACCUACGUUUUCGAGGUCCUCAUCGUCUCCAAUUCAGGACUGAUUUCCGUGGUUUGCUUUAUCGUCUUGGUCAUCUCCUACGUGGUCAUCCUAGUCUCCUUGAGGAACCGCUUCUCCGAAGGGCGGCGCAAGGCUCUGUCAACUUGCGCUGCUCACCUGACUGUUGUGACCUUCUUCUUGGGCCACUGUAUCUUCAUCUACCUCAAGAGUUUGGCCGCAGAUAAGGUUGUCUCCAUCUUCUUCACAGCUGUGACGCCCCUGCUCAACCCAGUCAUCUACACGUUGCGUAACGAGGACAUGUUAAACGCCUUGAAUAAACUUCGUGGACGGCAAGUCCACGCAGGAUCCAAAGGAAUUCAUUAA